AUGCAACUAACAGAGCGCUAUAGCGUGGCUCCAGAGUUGAGUGAUCAUAUCCUUAACUUCUUGGAACAGUUCCGGUCUCUUGGUGCCUUGCGCCGGGCAGCUAUUCCCCUCAUUGCGUCGAGUCUACUUCUCGACCAUUAUACACCCGAUAUGCACCUCUUUGAUUGUCACCAUGUCUUUCGCGAAUUGUAUGAGUCUGCAUGCCUUGAAGCAGUCUCCCAGUUCAAGCAAAACUUUGGGGGUCUGAUAUUGCCUUUGGAAAUCGACGGAAUCGACAUCCCAGGCUACAACGUGCAGCGAAGUUUUGACGUUAAAGUCGGCACUAGUUCCGGCGCGUUGAGUGUUGUAUGUCUUGGUAUUUUAGGAUGGAAUGUAGAUGAUUGUCUUUCUCAUCUGCGAACCUUCGCCCAGGAAUCGUUUGUCCACGGUCAGUCCAAACCGGUGCAGUUGUUGUCCAGCAUACCAUUUGUCUCGAGCAUCGUUGGGCUCUUUCAGCUUAUCCGAUCCCUACUGUCAGACAGUAAAUAUGACGCAGAUGGUAUAGAACAGUUGCUUAUUGAUACUUACGGAUUCGAUCGUAGUUGCAUAGAUAUAUCUUCAGCUGCCGAACUCGGGGGAUAUGUCGGAGUGACACUUACGAAAACCAAUGAUGGUAGCGUAUUCCUAGCUACUAACUCCAACGGGACGGACAUGCGGCACUCAAACUCCGAUUACCGUCACAUUGACUCACAUGAUGGACAAGAUGAGGUUAAGUGGUGGCAAAUCCUGCGGUGCGCAACUGCAGCACCAUACUACUACGAAGCAAAAUGCCUCGGCGGACUUGGAACCUUCCAGGAUGGCGGCAUCGCGGUCAACAAUCCGGUGUGUAUUGCCGUGCAUGAGGCGACUAGACAUUCGCCAGACAUGGCGGAGCCCAGUAUUGUCGUUUCUUUGGGAACGGGCUGCGCCCCUGACAGCAAUGUUGAAUCAUCUAGUUUUCUAUCGGCUAGGUUUCCGUCCAGACUUUGGAGAGCUCUCUGGAAACAAACUAGUUCCAAAACUACCUGGGAUCGUUUCCUGAGCAAUCAAGGACCUGGGAGUAAGACACAAAAUUUCCGUUUCGAUGUCAGCUUUAUGGAAAAGGAGCCUGUUCUGGAUCAAGUUGGUGAUGUCGAUUACGUUCAACGAGCGGCUCGCAACGCAAUCAGAAAAUCGUUGGAUGUCCGUAGGUUAUGUCAUCAUUUGCGAGCAGAGCUCUUUUUAUUUGAGCUCGACGAGGAACAUCCACCGUACUUUGCGCAUGGGGCUUAUCAAUGCUCUGGUCGAAUUAUCUGUCGCCUCAGAGCUCAGACAGUCGAAUACGAAGGAUUUCUACGACAACUCUGCAAAAGAGAAGCCUUCUUCCGGUUAGGUACUCAGAAUCUCGCCGUGAAGUAUGAAAACAUCGAGAAAGACUUGUGCUACGAGGUGAGGUUUGCUGUGCCGAGCCUCAGCGGUGAUAUUCCCAUCACCUUGAACGAGACGUUAGAAGAAGAAUACCAUAUAAAUGGUUCACCAUUUACGUUAGACUGGCUCGUCAGAAGACAAGAACUAGACGCCAGUUUUGGCACUUCAAAUCAUCGUCUCAGAAACCCGUCUACAUUUUAUAUGCCUAGAACUAAGUAG